AUGGGAUGUUUCGGACGAGCUGCGAAAUCAAACAAACGAUCGGAUCCCAAAACCGCGAAGAACAUCAUCGAUGUUACCAAAAACAAAAUCGCGAUCGAAGGAAAUUCCGUCCGUAAGAAUGCCAAUCGCGAUGCUCAGACGCAUCCCACAUCAGAUUGCAUAAAAGUGAGUAGUCCAUGUGGUGGAGAUGUAAACAAGGAACCAGCUACAAAAGAGGAUCAAUUAGCUUUAGAUGCGAAAGAUACGAAUGUUGAAGACGAAGUUCCAGGGAAAAAAGCACAGACUUUCACAUUUGAAGAACUCUCCAUUUCCACGAAUAACUUCAAGCCGGAUUGUUUCUUAGGCGAAGGAGGUUUCGGAAAAGUUUACAAAGGUUUCAUUCACAAAAUCAAUCAGGUUGUUGCAAUCAAGCAACUUGACCGUAACGGUGCUCAAGGAAUCAGAGAAUUCGUCGUUGAAGUGUUGACAUUAAGCCUCGCUGACCAUCCAAACCUCGUAAAGCUUAUCGGAUUCUGCGCUGAGGGUGUUCAGAGACUGUUGGUCUACGAGUACAUGCCACUAGGAUCUCUUGAAAACCACCUCUAUGAUCUUCCACAUGGCAAGAAACCGCUUGAAUGGAGCAUUCGGAUGAAGAUAGCAGCUGGAGCAGCAAGAGGACUAGAGUAUCUCCACGAUACAAUGAAGCCUCCUGUGAUCUACCGUGACCUCAAGUGUUCUAACAUCUUGCUCGGCGAAGACUAUCAUGCAAAGCUCUCGGACUUUGGGUUAGCGAAAGUGGGACCAAGCGGAGACGAGACCCACGUUUCGACGAGAGUCAUGGGAACGUACGGAUACUGUGCUCCUGAGUACGCAAUGACUGGUCAGCUAACGUUCAAAUCGGAUAUAUACAGCUUUGGAGUUGUUCUUCUUGAGCUUAUCACUGGAAGGAAGGCGAUUGAUAACACAAAAGCACGUAAAGAUCAGAAUCUUGUUACAUGGGCGCUUCCGUUGUUUAAAGAUAGGAAGAAUUUCAAGAAAAUGGUUGAUCCGUUGUUGAUAGAAGGAGAGUAUCCGGUGAGAGCGUUGUACCAAGCGCUUGCGAUAGCUGCGAUGUGUGUUCAAGAACAGCCGAGCAUGAGACCUGUGAUAUCGGAUGUGGUUAUGGCUUUGGAUCACUUGGCUUCUUCAAAUUGCGACCUGACUCACAGGAGAAAGCAUUCCAUUACGGAGACAGAGACGAGAGUCAAUGGUGAAGAGAAAAGAGUGGUUGAAUCUAAAGUUUGUGUUGUGGAGGAGGAAGAGAAACAAGAGAUCACGAUAUGUUCAGAACAAGCACCACAACUUAGUCCAUAA